AUGUUGCCGGAGUGGACAUUCCAUAAGUUCACAUCCGUCAUCAGGGAGAAACAUUUCAGCACAUUUAGAACAAACUUCCAAAUACCGGACUACAUUUCCAUCCGUCUUCCUUAUGUGUCAGAGAAGUGUUACUAUGAAGGGGUAGACGGUGUUGGAAUAUAUGAGCAGGCGUUGAAGGCAGGACUUCGGUUCCCGCUCUCAACACUUCAUAGGGAACUUUUGCACUACCUAGGGUUGUCCGUCACACAGAUAUCUCCUAACGCCUGGAGAGUCUUCAUAGCCAUGGAGAUUCUCUAUGGUGCAUGGUCGGACGGAGAGAGGAGACUGACGGUCCGUGAAUUUCUUCACUGCUACCGUCCAGACGAGAUUUCUGGGUCAAGGGGGAUGUAUAGUUUUGCUAGUCGGAGCCCCUUGUUGAAGGUAGACGGCGCCCGCAAGUUAGCCUUGAGGAAUUCAGUUUCCUUGAAGAGAUUUGCAGGAAAACUAAGCCGGAGGAAAGGACUUGGGCCAAAAAUGGACGACGCUAAGAGAAGGGCAAUGAUAAAAUCACUAGCCGUCGAGCAAAAGAAGACGGGUGAAGUUGUCAUUCCUAAGGUGCCGGGGUCGUCGGCUAAGAGGAAGCAGCCGCCAAAGUCUGACCGUCCAUACAAGCAACCGAAAGUUUCAUUGGAGCCCGUGGUGGGCUUGAUGGCUGAGGGCGUUAAGACCGUCACCCAAGCCAAACAUGGAACCGGCAAGGGCCUAAUGCGUGCCCCUCCCGUCAACGAGGAGAAACCUCCUUCCCUUCUCCGUGACGAUUCGAAGUAUGCCUUGGAGAAACUCAAGUCAAUAAUUUCGGCAGAGGACUACGAGGAUCUGGGGAAUCAUUCGACGGAAGCAAUGGGGGAGACGGGUUUAUUCGCCGUUGGGCAGUCCUUGGUCAUGAUGAAGGGCUUGAUGGAUCGCUGCCUCAACCGUGAAGCGGCUCUUGAACGUAUACGGACAAAGGCUGGGCGGACGGAGGAGGAGCUUAGUCAACUGUACAAGUGGAAGUCCACAAUGGAGCAGAAGUUUGAACUGUCUGAGCAGACCAGAAAAGAGUUCGAACAGAGGACGGAAGAAGCUGGGAAGGCCUUGAAGGGUAAAGACGAGGAGGUGAAAGAGUUAAAGAAGAAACUCCGUCAAGCCGGAGAGGAUGCCGUCACCGAGUAUCGCAACUCUUUGGAUUUAUUGAAGGAGCUGGGGGGUUCGUUCCUUCAAGGCUUUGACGAUGCCCUCCGUCAGAUAAAGAAGACCUACCCGGAUCUUGACGUGUCCAUGAUAACCGUCAAUGACCAAGAUCAGACAUCCGCUCUGCCCGUCGCUUCAGAAAACACGGAAGACCUGUUUGGUGAAGAUGCUGUUCAGGGCGAAGGAGAGUCUGCUCCGUCGAAGGACGUUCCAGCUGAAGAGCCGAAAAAAGUAGAUUAA